UUUUUUUUUGAUUUUUCUAGAUUCUUAUUUAACCCAAAACUUAUUAUUAUUUCAACACAACGCUACUCUCUUUCAAUUCCUUCAAAAUUUAUUUUUUGAAAUGUCUACGGCUGAGGAGGACACUCAAAAAUUGGAUGCAACCAACGGAGAAGAUGCUUCAAAAUCAAAGAAACCCUCAAGAAAAGAGCUCAAGAAACAACAAAAACGUAAUGAAUAUGAAAAGGGAUUGCAGGCGAUGGGAUCAAAGCUGCAUAAUUUAAAUGAGGAGGAACAAAAGUCUCCACUGAAAAAAGGUGGAAUAGGCUCUGGUGCAGAAGUUGGAGAUCAAUUUACUGUUUCACAACAAGUCAAAACUGAUGCUCAAUUAAAUUUAAUGGAAACUGCUGUUGAUAUAAAGGUUGAAAAUUUUGAUAUUUCUGCCGAUGGAAGGCAAUUGUUCAACAAAGCUUGUUUAACCGUUGCAAUGGGUAGACGUUAUGGAUUGGUUGGGCCCAAUGGAAUGGGUAAAACUACACUUUUGAAACAUAUUGCUGCUAGAAAACUUGCUAUUCCUCCAAAUAUUGAUAUUCUGUAUUGUGAACAAGAAAUCGAAGCUGAUGAAACUUCAGCAAUUGAAACAGUUUUGCGUUCAGACAAAAUUCGAAUGGAAUUAAUAACAAAAGAAGCAGAUUUACUAUCAAAAUUAGAAUUGGGUGAUACAAAUGUUACAGAAGAAUUACAGCAAGUUUCGGUUGAAUUAAAAAAUAUUGGGGCAAGUUCUGCUGAAUCUAGAGCUAGAAGAAUAUUGGCUGGAUUAGGAUUUAGUAAAGAAAUGCAAGAAAAAGCUGUCAAAGAUUUUUCUGGUGGUUGGAGAAUGAGAAUAUCUUUGGCUAGAGCGUUAUUUUUGGAACCUACACUUUUAUUAUUGGAUGAACCUACUAACCAUUUGGAUCUAAAUGCUGUUAUUUGGCUUGACAAUUAUCUACAAAAUUGGAAGAAAACAUUAUUAAUUGUUUCUCACGAUCAAUCCUUUCUUGACAACAUUUGUACUGAUAUUAUUCAUUUGGAUAGUCAAAAACUUUUUUAUUACAAGGGAAAUUAUACUUCAUUUCGAAAAAUGUAUGAACAAAAAUUGAGAGAACAUUUGAAGGCUUACGAAAAUCAACAAAAACAAUUACAUGCAUUAAAAAAGGGUGGAAAAAGUGGAAAACAGGCAGAAGAAGAAAUUAAAGGAAGAAUGAAUGCAAAACAACAAAAAGCUGUUGGAAAAAAGAGUGAAAGAGGUUCAGCAACUAUGGGGGAUGAAGAAGACGCUCCUCCACCCGAACUUUUACAAAAAAUAAAAGAAUAUUCUGUUAAAUUUGUUUUUCCUGGUACUACAAAAUUGGCUCCACCUGUUUUGGGAUUACAUGAUGUUUCAUUUGGUUAUGAAAAUGCUAAAUUAUUAUUCAAAAAUGUCAAUUUUGGUAUUGAUAUGGAUUCUAGAAUUGUGAUAGUUGGACCUAAUGGUGUUGGAAAAUCUACUUUGCUAAAAUUGUUGAGUGGAAAAAUUGCUCCGACUACAGGUGAAUUAGUUAAACAUAGACAACUUAGAAUUGGGUGGUUUGAUCAACAUUCUAAUGAAGCAUUAAAUGGUGAACAAACUCCUGUUGAAUAUUUGAUGGUUAAAUAUAAUAUUGAUCAUCAGAGCGCCAGAAAAAAUUUGGGAAUGGUUGGAUUAAUAUCGCAAGCACACAAUGUAAAAAUCAAAAAUUUAUCUGGUGGUCAAAAAAGUCGUGUUGCUUUAGCUGAAUUGUCUUUAACAGCGCCAGAUAUUUUAAUUUUGGAUGAACCAACAAACAAUUUGGAUAUUGAGUCAAUCCAAGCCUUAGCAGAUGGUAUAGAAACAUUUGGUGGAGGUGUAUUAAUGGUUACCCACGACGAAAGAUUAAUUAGAGCAACAAAUUGUCGUUUAUGGAUUGUUGAAGAUGAGAAUGUUUAUCAAAUUGAUGGGGAAUUUGAUGAUUAUCGUAAAGAAGUGUUGGAACAAGUUGAAAAGAGGCUAGCUUCUGAUGGACUAUAA